GAAGACCCGGGAAAGCGGAGUUUCCCCGAGGAAUGGGCCGCGGCGCCACUGCGCAUGCCUGUGCCGUGACCCCGGCUUGAGGUGACGGCCGCUGCCGAGGCGGGGGCGCCAGCUCGGAGGCGGAGGGACUCGCUGCGCUCAGACCCCGGAGAGGGAGGGUCCCGCUGCGCACACAGUCCGGCCGCCGCCCGGUGUAACCAGCUCGGAGAGUUGUCGGUGGACAUUGAUGGUAUCUUUCAUAUACAAGAAGGCCAGAAGCCAGGGAGCCCUCAGUGACCACAGAUUCUCUGGACAGCUUCACAGCCCUGUCCCCGCUCAGCUGAGGCAGUGGAGCACCAGCUCAAGCACAAGAUCGCUGCCUUCAUGGACUAUGAAAGCACCCCUGGCACCUCCUGAGCUCUGGGUGGCCCCAGGCCUCCCGCCUGGGGUGAGGGCCAGAUCUAGUUGACAGAGCCCCUGGACUGCCAGGUUGCUUGCCAGGAAUCGGGAGGAGAAAUCCGUCUCCUGGAGCUUGAGUGUGGCCUGGGGGACAGGCCGUUGGUCCCAGAAUGCCCCUGCCUGAGCCCAGCGAGCAGGAGGGCGAGAGUGUGAAGGCCGGCCAGGAGCCGUCCCCACAGGCCCCUGAGCCGGGCACAGAUGUCGUCCCUUCAGCUCCCAGGAAGCCCAAUCCCAGGAAGUUCUCCAAACUGGUCCUGCUGACAGCAUCCAAAGACAGUGACAAAGUGGCCGCCGCCAAGCGCAAGGGAGUGCACUGCAUCAUGUCCCUGGGGGUGCCCGGCCCCACCACCCUGGCCAAGGCCCUCCUCAAGAUCCAUCCCGAGGCCCAGCGUGCCAUUGAGGCAGCCCCCCCAGAGCCUGAGCAGAAACGCAGGAAGCUGGACACAGAAGGAAAAGAAGACGGAAGGUUGGCAGAGGGGCCAGCUCCCAGUCCCACAGUGGGCGGGGAGGAGGCCUCUGUGGGGCCCAGCGAGGCUCCGUAACCCUGAGACUGCAGGCACGGCGUCCUUGAUGGCUCAGUGAACUUGGCUGUGACUUCUUCUGCCUGGGGCCCAGUCCCCAAUGAUUUUCACUCACAACAUUGUGUAAUGUUUUUCAGCUCAAGCUCAAGUUACUUUUGUAAGCAGAACAAAAGAUUAAAAUAAAAUAAAAUAAAAUAAAUGCUAA